AUGUCUCCGAGUGAUUUUGACUAUGGCGUCAAGCUGGACUGCGGAGGCGUCAUUAUUCACGGUGACGGCGCGAAUGUGAAGCGCCCGUUUGACGACAUUCCAGUCGAGUUGCACGAGCUGAGCCCGGGAGUGAUUCCUAGCGAAGACAGUGGCGUUUGUGGGUUUUCUGGGCAACUUGGCUUCAUCGACUUUACGACCGAAAUGCGAUUGCCGCGACACGUGCACAUUGGGCCCAACAAGUCAACCCACCCGGAUGCCGAACAACGGCUGUUGGUCGAGCGAAUCCUUGUGCUGAAUGGGUUUGCAAUGGUCGAGAUGUGCGGUGAACUUUACAUCAUCCCACCAAAGACAUUGGUUCACAUUCCGCCAGGCGUGCCGCACACAUGGACUGCAUGCCCUAAAGGGGUCGACAUGAACGCCGCCCUGGGGCUCAUCACGCAAGAAGCAAUGGUGUCUGAGGGCAAAUUUCUCAUGGUAUAUGAGUACGAAGACCCAACGAGCUUCUGUCCAACCAAACAGACCCACGUUUUGAAAAGCAUGGAUGAGUAUGAGGCAGCCUCACCAGAGGACCUGCAAAGUAUCAUGAUUCCGGCAUUGGAGGCUAAAGAGGUAAAAGAACGUUGCUGGUUCGCCUGGCAAAGACAAGUAAAGAAGUAUGCUCACGUCAGCGGCGAGACAGAUAUAUAG